CUUAUGUUUAACAUUGGUAAUGUUCGGAAGACACGGUCUUUCCAGUUCGCUUCCCGCGCGUUUCCGGUUGGGAACAGAAUGAGUUGGCAUUCCUUGGUAUGGUAAUUCCCCGAUAUUUGAUGUUCAAAAAUACUUCUAGAGGUAAAUUAGGGUUUCGAAACUUGAACAUUACAAAGAACCAAGCAAACACAAAGGUGUGAAGAUCAAUCAGUGAGUUGAGUGAGUUUUCAAGAUGGACCCAAACCAAGAGGAAAGGGACAACUUCUUUCGCAUGACACUCCUCCUGUUUAGAGUUGGCAAUCAAAAACUAAGGGAGUUCUUCAAAACUCGAUGGCCUAUUGUUUAUCRAAACAACACAGGGAGACCGCCACCAGCGCCAUGGACAGAUAUAAAMAACGAUGCAAUCGAAAUGACAAACCUCGAUCCUGAUUUAUUAAAAAAAUUCAUUAGAUUCAAAGAUCAAAAAACACACUUCAAUUCUGGCGAUACAAACAAAUGGGAUUUUUCCCUUCUGACCAACGUUUUGAACAAUUCAUCUUUGGGUUUCGUGACAUCUCCAAGUCUUGAAAGUCACGCAAUCAAGGAUUUGAAAGAUAUUCGGGAUAAUUUGAUAGGCCACGCUACAGAUGCAAAAAUACCCAAUACGUUGUACAACACAGAGUGGCCAAAGGCAUGUAGCGCUUUGAAAAAAUUUAAUGCAACACAAGACGAGAUUGAUCAGGUCGAAGAAGGUUUGUGUGUGUGGAUUGCGUUAUUUGUCACGUGUCACGAAAUGCUUAUCUCAAGUUUUUACUGAACAGAYGUAAAGAAGCCAAUAGACGCUUUAWWACCGYUACUUAAAGAAUUACUUGAUAGUGAAAAGGAAAUUCUGGAUGCUAUCCAUCAAUUGGAAGAAAUGGAUAAACUUCGACAUGCUGAAGUCCUUGAAAYUGUUAAAGAAGAAAGUGAAGAUGUCAAGGAAACUGUCAGAACUGAAGUUGAUAAAGUACUUGAAAGAUUACCUGAAACUAAACGAAGAUUUUCGAAGGAUUUAAAAAUGAGAGCAGAGCAAAGGCUGUUGCUGCAAGAGCGUCUUCAACAUUUACAAAACGGCAUAACCGCUAUAGAAUUGUUUGAAUACCUUCCAUGUCUGUCAGAUGAGCAAAAAGAUCGCAUAGGUUAUAAUGAGAAAAACUACACUCAAGAAAAAGGGGUCAGGACGCUCGUAGAAGAAUUGGAGACCUGUGAAAAUGGUUUUAAUAUGCUUGUACGCGCCUUGUUGAAGAGUAAUCUUGUUCAUAUUGCUGUGUUACUUGAUCCUGAUUGCGAGGACUGUCAAGAACCGAGCGAGGACACAGAAGAUGCGAGCUUCGUCUGUAUCGACGGGACGGCUGUGGAUGUUCAUAUCAUUGUGAGGAUUCUUGAUGCAAACAUACGGAAAAGAAACAGUGACAUGGAAGAGCAAAUUGCAAUGCAAUUCAGGUCUAGUAAAUCCGAGAACUGUAAACUUUUACGAAAGGAGUUUACUAAGGUUUUGCCAAAAGGUAUACACUUUGUCAAUACCAAGCAGCUUGGAGAGAAAAGUGGCAUCAAAAAAGAUGAAACGACAAUCGGAGACUCCAUCGUGUUUGUAUUUAGAAUAACCAAAGAAAGUGCAUUGGACAGACUAUGGCAAGUACACAAGGAUUGUGAUCUUAGUAAAUAUAUCAAGAAAACCUUACAAGCGACAAAAAAAGAUGAAAAUUUGUUAAGCAACAUGGAUCUAGAAUUGUUAUUCCAAGAAAACGAUUACAAAGAAAUGAAAAAGAUUCUUAACAAAGAUACUACGACUGAUAUCGUUCAUGAACCAACCACAGAAGUUACCGCAGAUGAACUAUUGGAGGCUGCAGAAACGAAUAGUGCGCGAGAGGAGGAGGUGAAAGUUCGAAAAGURUAUCUUGACGGUGAAUACCACAGGGAGAUACGUCUUCGUGAGUACCAGAAAGAACUGGCAGCACCAGCCUUAGAGGAUAACAAUACUAUCAUUUGYGCACCGACCAAUAGCGGAAAGACGUUUGUUGCUAUGGAGAUAGCCAAAARACAUCUUGAUGCACACAGGGAUUCCGCCAGUAAAGAAGACAGAAAGAGAAAAGUUGUCUUCGCAGUCAACAAGCAGAACCUUGUUCUUCAACAACGCGCUCGUUUUGAAGAGUACUUGUCAGAGUACAAGAUAUCUGACAUUUCAGGCAAUAACUCAGAAAAMAUAUCGUUGGAUAGCUUACUUAACGAUUAUGACGUAGUGGUCCUUACAGCACAGAUACUGGUUAACGCCCUUGAGGAUAAAAGUGUUAAAAUCAGCGAUAUUUCUCUGCUUAUGUUCGACGARUGUCACCACACACAAAAAGAAGAACCCUACAACAAAAUCAUGAUGAAUUACAUUGCAGUAAAAAGAGAUAAUAAAGAAACUAUACCACAGGUUGUUGGUCUGACUGCAUCACUAGGUGUUGGUCAAACCACUGCUUUACCAAGGGCUGUAGAACAUGUCUUAGAAAUCUGUGCAAACUUGGAUGCGUCUUGCAUCAGUACCGUGCGUGACAAUAUGGAGGACCUGGWAAGUCACGUGACUGGUGACGUACCUGACAUGAAGGUGUUAACCGUGAAUAAUGACGAGCCUAAUGUGUUUGAAAGGGAAGUAAACAAGGCAAUGGAGGACAUUGAGAAAUUUCUCAAAAAACAAUACAAAAUUGACAUUCCCAUCGCAGACCGCAAACGUGAAGGCUACCGUCAAUGGAUUGAACUUCUCGAGCAAGAAGCAAGUGUUACGCAAAAUAAGGAGAAAUACGCAUGCUCAGAGCAGUUGAGAAGUUAUCACGAAGCUUUGCUCAUCAAUAACUUCACGAGAAUUGAAGAUGGAUUCGAGUAUCUUGAAAAGUGCUUUAGCAAGCAUGAACAAACACAGUUUAGUGAAAUAUGCUCAUGGCUGGAUGAAGUUUAUAAGGUAACUAAAGAACGGAUCAAAGAAAGCAGCGAAAAGCAUAGCAAUCCACUGUUGUUGGCCCUAGAGAGUUUAAUAGCUGAUUUCCAUGGUGAUGAGGGGAAUCAAUCAAAAGGGAUUGUAUUUUGCCGUACGAAAGCGUAUGCAGUUGCACUAAGAAGGUGGAUCAGCGAAGCAGAGAAACUCAAAGGCAAACUUAGACCUGAUGUAUUGCUUGGAAGUGGCGGAGGGCAACUUGGUUUAACACAAUCAGAGCAAGAAUCGGUAAUUAAGAAAUUCAAGACUGGUGACGUCAAUGUCAUCAUAGCAACGUCUGUGGCCGAGGAGGGACUGGACAUUUCUGAUUGUAAAUACGUCAUUCGUUAUGACGUCAAAACCAAUGAGAUUUCAAGAGUACAAGCACGUGGACGUAUUAGGGCAAAAGAAGGUACAUAUGUAUAUCUAAGUGAUACGAUAUCACGUGGUGCAGUACACGAGUUAAAGAACCAAUUCAAAGAGACGCUAAUGAAUAACGCUGUCACGCAAGUGCAGAAAAUGGAAACAGAAAUGUUCAUGGAGAAGAUAAAGGACAUCCAAGCUAAAGCAAUAACUGACUUAAAAUUUAAAAUUGACCAAAAUGUUAAGAAAUCUGUCGACCAAUCCCAAAGAGUGAACUGCCUUUGCCGGCGAUGCGGUCAGUUGAUCUGUCGCUCAUACGAGCUGAUGACAUUCAAAUUGGUAAACCGUGUUGUUAUAAGCAAGAACAUUUACGAAAACAUGAUUAUUGAGCCACAUAAAAAUCCACGUGAAGUGAAUGGGAUUGCUUUUAACCACAAGAUAUUUUGCAAGGGAUGUAAGGCAGACUGGGGAGUAAUGAUAACCAUCCAAGGCACUAACUGGCCUUGCAUAAAAAUCAAGAGUUUGCAGGUACAAGUCAACGAUCAAACACCAGUAUUGUACAAACAGUGGAAGGACUAUCCUUACAUUGUAACCAAUGCUGAAACUGUGGAAGAGCUGAACGCUGCGCAGGAACGUCUUCUGGCAGAUUCUGAAUGACACUUUCCCCAGAAAAUAUAUAGCAGAAUAGCGAACUUUUUGUAAUGUGUUUCGUACUAUGGAGCGGGGACUAGGAAAAAUGUAUACGCAAAAAGAUGAAGAUGUAUGUGAUCAGCGAGGAGUCGCGAAGUAAAUCUUUUUUUUAUUAGCAUGACACUCUCGAUCUGAAUAUUACCAACGAUUACUUUUGACACCUUCAGUUUAGUUUGACUAUUCAAAGUAAUAUUGACUCUCGAACGUGAAAUUGUCAGAAAUAUCCCUAAAGCCGGAAUGCAGAACAAUUCAAAAUGUUCAUAAAAUUCAUUUAUUGUGAAAAAGAAGGAAUGAAAAUAAAUCUUUAAAUUUUAUUGUG